AUGAUGAUGCAAGUCUUCAACGCCAGAGGGCGAGAGUUGGAAAACUGGAAGGCUCUGCUGAACGAUGUGGGGAUAGAGAUUGAGCACUCGCGUCAACCUGAUGACGGCGUCAUGGGACUGUUGACCGUCCAAAUCCAAUCCUCUGGCCCUGGAAGCCUCAACGAAUUCGGCCACAUCAAGAAGCCAUUCAUGCCAGCCACGGAAGACUGGCCAGUCCUCAUCAUGGGCGCUGGGAUCAGCGGUCUGUGCUUGGCUCAGGCACUGAAGAAACACAAUAUUACCUUCCGGGUAUUCGAAAGAGACCUGGUCGUCGAUUCGCGACCUCAGGGAUACCACCUGAAGCUUCGUAGAGACGCCGCCGUCGCACUAGACGAGAGUUUGCCCGAGGAAGUCUGUUAA